GACAGUGAAGAUUCACGUGAAAUUCAAAUUUCAAAGACAAAGCGAGCGAGAGAGAGAGAGAGACCUGUGGGCUUGCUAUAUUAUGUAGAAGGAAAAUAACCGGAUAAAAGGUUUCAGAAUCUACGCCAAGUCUUCCGCAUUCAAGGAAACCAGCAAGACAAAAAUUACAGAUAAAAGGAGCGACAUAAGAAAUAGUGAAAUAGGAAGGCACGCAAGGCGAGCAGAGUAAAAAUUUUUUGGGUUGUUUUCUUUUUGGUUCUUUUGCACUGUUGGCGGGAAAUCAGAAGUUUUGAGGGGGAAUUGUGUUGUGGGUCGUGGCCAUGGGACCAGUAGUGGCGAGAGCUGAUUCGCCGGAAGUUUUCAGGAUGUCUACUGGUUCUUCUCUGUCUUCAACUGAGUCAAACUUCCGUGAACUCGACGAUGUGUUCUUGCAGACUCAAACAAGAAUAUGGCUUGGAGAAGUCUUACAUACAAGAAUGGAUGAAGGGACAACAAUUGCUGAUUUACUUGCUGAUGGGGAAUUAUUGUUUCAAGUGUCUAAGGUGAUAUGGAAAAUGCUAUUGACUAAGUGUAUGGAGCUAAGAUAUUCAAAAGCGUAUAUAUAUGAACCAAUUGCUUAUGGGAAGGGCAGAGGGAGGUACAUGCCUUAUUCCAAAGUUGACUCAUUUUUGAAGAUCUGUCAAAUCUUGGGAUUGACUAGUAUUGAUCUCUUCUCCCCAUCAGACGUUGUUGAGAAAAGAGAUAUUCGCAGAGUUUGUUUGUGCAUUCGCUCCCUCUCAAAGAAAGCAAGGUCUAAGCAUUUAAAUGUUCCGGAUUUUGAUAUUGUUACCUAUACAGUAGUGAUGCCUACUGAUAUGGUUGGAUUGAUCUGCAGAAGCUUGGAGCUAUCACAGUGUAGCUCUUCAAGUUCUGCCAGUUGCAGUCCAUCCAUGGAAUCAAGAGUAAAUCACAGGCAGAAAAACUGGGGUGCCAACUACACCAGACAGUCUGAUUCAUAUUCUGAAGAAUCUGAUGACGCAGAAAGCAAUUUUAGGGAAAUUGAUUUUCAUAGCCCAGACUCAAAAGCUUCAUGUGAUAAUAUGUCUUUCUUGAUUUCAAGUGUAGAGAAUUCUCCUGGAGGAAAUUCGGUAAUUGCAGAGAACUUUAUCCCUCCAGAAAACAUAUUUCAUUCAGAUAUUUGGGAUCAACAGACAGAUGGAAACAUACUUAAUCAUUAUAGACAAUUUGGUUUGGUAGAAUCAAUGAUUUCUCCUAAAACAUAUCACCAGAUAAAUGAUAACCAUCAACUAGAUGCUGCUCAGCUAUAUAUUAUGUUAUCCCCCUCAUGCACCAAGUCUCAAAUUGAUCUAAACACAAAGGAAGAGCUCUUAAAAAGGGGAGGGGUAAGACAUCCCUUAAGUACUCCUGGAAAUUGUACAUUGGGAUAUCAUGAAGAUCUUGACCUGGGAAACCAUGGUACAUUUGUAGCAGAUUCUGUAGGUGAAAAUACAUUUAAAGGUAGCAUUGACUGUCAACUGGAUAUUUCAGACAUAAGUGAUCACAAAAUUGAAAAUGGUCAUUGUGGCUUGUUUGGUAGAGGGAAGGAUGAAGCAUUAAUUGUGUAUAAGGAUACAGCUUGUAAUGAACGAGCUGCAAUUCCCAAUUCAGAAUAUGGGCUUGGAAGGGGUUUCUCUGAUGGGAUUGAAGAUGCUGGUUUGUCUGCUACAGGUUACAUGAAAUGUUUUCCAGGUAAAGUGGUAAAAUUAGGUUUUGAACAGCGGUUCAAUGCAAAAGAUGAUUGUAAAAGCCAGAUUUUGGAGCAUCAGAACCUGGAAAUUGAACAUGAAACUUCAAACAUAGUUGAACAUCAUGUUCUUGUGGAUGGUUUAACACCAUAUGCUGAUAAACUGCCAGUUGCUAUGGCAUCUGAAGAUUAUGGUUAUUCCACCAAGAGUUGCCCACAAAUUCCAGACACACAAUUAUACUCCUAUACUGGAGAUAAACACCAUUUUCUACAACAAGGUGUCAAUUUCAACAGGUCUCACACUGAUGCAGAUGUUUUAGAAGUUAACACCAGUACCUUGCUAGCUAAUCAUAACAACAGCUUAAAAGAUGCCAAUGUUUUAAGAGAUGCUUAUGGGAACCAACACAUCAAGAUCUUGUCAGGCCAAUAUGAUCCUCCCAAUGGUACUCAGACCAGAUGGGAUGCUAAAAACAGGUAUCAAAUAGCAACUAUAUCAAAUGGGAGUAACAGUUCUACUCCUUUGGAACCUGUGCCACCACAUACCAUAUAUCCAAACUGUGCAUGCGACUCUGCUAAAGCUUCAGUAGAUGCUCUUUGGCUUGAUGAUGCAAACUUCAAACAGGCAGGUGUUAUCAAUAAGGUAUCUAGUUCCACCAUAAAGAAUAAUGUGUAUACAAGAAAAGACUCAAGCAAUUGUCUGUCAACAUCAUUCUUUCAUGAGGCACUGAAUGCAGAACUAACAGUAACAGUAACAGCUACAGGGAGUGAAAAAAGCUGUAAAUCUAUGCCCCUUGGUAGUGUUGAUUAUGGUGGUGGUUUGCAACAGCCUAAUGAUAAUAAUAUUUCCUACUGCAACGGGGUUGAGGUCCAUGCCUCUAAAGGAUGGCCAGAUGCUGCAAUUGGACAGGAAUGUUCUGACUUGCAUGCAGAUGGUUUGAACCAUUUCUUAAAGCAGGGGAUUGGAGAAGGUGAUGAUGGCUGCAAAAACUCUUUGGAGGCAAGGACGGUCUCAAAUAGCUUCUCGACAAGUUUGACCAUAACUGAAAGUGAAGAGGGUUCUAUCAAGUCAAGUUUAGCAUUAUCUUGUGAUCCCGGAGUAAAUUCAUCAGGGGUCCAUGCACAGCAUUGCAAUGGAAGCCCCUUAUUAGUUGACAUUUCAGAUCAAAGUUCUAUGAUACUGCAAACAGGUCUUGAUGCUUCUGAGGAUAAAACCACCCUAUCUGUGAGUGAUGGUUUUCAUACGGGAGAAUUAGGUAGCCAGACUAAUAAUCCAAUGCGCCAAUAUGAGAAGUACAAUUGGGAAAUGCAGAUACCUGUUGAUCUUCACAAGUCCUUUUUCCAAUUUCAUGCUGCUCAAGAAAUUCAAGAUAGCAGUGACUCAGAUAUGUGGAAAGCCAACUUGACUGAUGAUGAACCUUCUUUCCAUCAAAAUAGUGAUGUUCCCAUGACCUUACUGAUAUCAUCUUCAGAAAAGUCAUGCCACUCACUGCUUCCACAUUUAGAACAUAUUGGCAGAAAUCAGGGUGAUCUGCAUCUUAUAGGCAAUGAUUUGCAGGCAGUUGAUCAAACAUGUAUAAAUCUAGAAGAUGAUGAUGCUUAUAUAAAAGAUAAUGACAAGGACAAAGAAGGACAUGGAAUAAUGUGCAUAAGAGCAGUGCAAAGUUUAGAAAGGAAAGAAGACAAGACAAGUUCAGAAAGACCAGGGAGUGAGAAGUCCAGCAAAAAAUUGGUGCUAAUAUCAGUUGCUGGUGGGAUUACAUUAUUUGGUGCACUAUUCCUAAUUCGCAUCAGGAGAAGUUUCAGAGGGGACAUUGAUGAGGCAAGUGUACCUUCUGCGAGAAUACGGAAGACACACACAGAACAAAAGCAGCAACGGAGGGCUGGGCUAAAUGGUGUUUAUCCCAGGGAAAAACUGAGAUUCUAGAUGGCAUAUGCAGACUGGACAGAAAGGUGGGGUGAUUCAGUUGGGUGGUCAGGGAAAUUUUAGAACAUAUACAAUUAAUUGUGGGUAGUUGUACCUGAUUCUUGAUACAGAAUCAAUCUUAGUACUGGAGCUACUGGGAUUUGCAUGGGCUCUGUUGAUGUAUUCCAUCCCAAGCAUUGAUACGUCUGCAUUCAAUUUUGUAGUUUAACAUGGGAAAGGAAAUUGUAUUAUACACCACAAUAUGUGAAACCUUAUCCAACAUUUACAUCAAUACACAAUACAAAAUGUACUAAUU